ACAUUUCAUUUCAUUCGUAUAGAGUUACAGACAACCAGUUGUGUUCCUUAAACAAAAUACUAUGAAACUAAUUUAUGUAUCUGCAAGACUUGAUCUAGACUACUGAGCUUGUUUACACCUAGGAUCUAUCGAGUUGUAUGUUCAAUUGUUAUAAUUUUGAGGUUACUUGAAGGAAUGAAGCGAGCAAGAGAUGAUUUGGGGAACUCUCCGUUUAAGAAACCAUUUGGUUCGACUUCUCGGGUAGAACUCGGGCAACCCCAUAAUGCUACUGGAGGUGUCAGUGGCAACUACGGUGGAGGUAGUCCCAGUGAAGUAGGCGUUGGAAGCAGUGGAGGAUCUGGUGCUGCUCCGGUGCAGAAACUUACUACCAAUGACGCGUUAUCGUAUUUAAAGGAAGUUAAAGAAAUGUUUCAAGAUAAAAGGGAGAAAUAUGACAUGUUUCUUGAUGUGAUGAAAGAUUUCAAGGCUCAGCGAAUUGAUACAACUGGCGUUAUCGCAAGGGUUAAAGAAUUAUUCAAAGGGCAUAAUAAUCUAAUCCUUGGUUUUAAUACCUUCUUACCCAAGGGCUAUGAAAUUACUAUUAUCGAGGAGGAAGACGAUCCGCCUAAGAGAUCGGUUGAGUUCGAAGAGGCUAUAGGUUUUGUGAACAAGAUAAAGACACGUUUUCAGGAUGAUGAAAAAGUGUACAAAUCUUUUUUAGACAUAUUGAAUAUGUACCGGAGGGAGAAUAAGGGUAUUGAUGAGGUCUACUUUGAGGUUGCUGCACUUUUUAAGCACCAUGCUGAUUUGCUUGAGGAGUUCAUAAAAUUUUUACCCGAUGCUUCAGCGGUGGCAUCUGAACACAAUGCUAAGCUUGGAAGGCAACAGUUACAUCUAUACGAGGAGCGGGGUUCUCCUCUGCCAACGGUACGGGGGGCACACAUGGAUAAUAAGCAACGCUUUCAACGAGACAAGAUCGUCGCACCUCACAUGGAAUGUGAUCGAAGUGUUGAUCGCCAUGAAUUAGAGGACAAUAAAACAAUGAUUAAGUUGCACAAGGAACAGAAAAAGCGUGGUGACAAGGACAUUAUGGAUAGGAGUAACCGAGGAAAAGAGUACAGAGACCCUGAUCAUGACAUGCAUCGUCUAUCUGAGAAACGGAAAUCUGCUCGAAAGGUUGAAAACUUUGGAGGUGACCCAGUUCCUUCACCUUAUGAUGACAAAGAUGCCUUAAGAAGCCUGUACAAACAAGAGUUCUCUUUCUGUGAUAAGGUGAAAGAGAGGCUGGAUGCAAACAACUACCAAUCUUUUUUGAAGUGUCUUCAUAUUUAUAGCACUGAAAUAGUUUCAAGAAGUGAAUUACAAGGCUUGAUUGCAGAUUUACUUGGAAAAUACCCAGAUCUUAUGGCAGGGUUCAAUGAUUUUUUGGAACGCUGUGAGCGAGUUGAUGGAUUUCUUCAUGGCGUGAUUAGCAAAAAAUAUUUCUGGAAUGAAGGGCAUGCUUCAAAAGCAGUGAAGAUGGAGGACAAAGAAAAGGAGCAAAGGCGGGACCUCGAUGCUGCUAAAGAGAAAGAUAGGUUUAAGGAGAAAUAUUGGGGAAAAUCUAUACAAGAGCUUGAUCUCUCUAACUGCCAGCGCUGCACUCCUAGUUACAGGCUACUUCCUGAAGAUUAUCCUAUACCAUCAGCAAGCCAGAGAUCUGAACUGGGAGCACAGGUGUUAAAUGACAAUUGGGUGUCUGUGACUUCGGGUAGUGAAGAUUACUCAUUCAAACAUAUGCGCAGAAAUCAGUAUGAAGAAAGUCUCUUUAGAUGUGAAGAUGAUAGAUUUGAGCUAGACAUGCUUCUGGAAUCUGUGAGUUCUACUGUCAAGCGCAUGGAGGAGCUACUGAACAACAUCAGUAAUAAUUCUGUUAAAUUUGAUAGCCAGUUCCGCAUAGAAGACCACUUCACAGCUCUUAACCUAAGGUGUAUAGAGCGUCUUUAUGGAGAUCACGGCCUGGAUACUUUGGAUACACUACGCAAAAACCCUCUCCACUCGGUGCAGAUACUGUUGACCCGCCUAAGAAUGAAGCUGGAAGAGUGGUCAAAGUGUCGUUUAGAUUUCAACAAGGUUUGGGCUGAGGUAUAUGCUAAGAAUCACUAUAAGUCACUUGAUCAUCGGAGUUUUUACUUCAAGCAACAAGACUCAAAGAACCUGAGCGCAAAAUCCUUAGUGGCUGAGAUCAAAGAACUUAAGGAGAGAAGUCAGCAAGAGGAUAAUGCGCUUCUCUCUAUUGCUGCUGGGUGCAUACAUCCUAUAUUUCCUAACCUUGUGUUUAAAUACACUGAUACCGGUAUUCAUGAAGACAUCUACAAACUGAUCAAGUAUUCAUGUGACGAGAUAUGCACGUCCAAAGAGCAAUCAAUUAAAUCCAUGAGGCUUUGGUGUACCUUCUUGGAGCCGCUGCUAAGUGUUCCUUCUCGACCUCUUGGUAUUGAAGAUUCUGAAGUUCCUUCAGCAUCGAGGAACCAUGGAACUAAAAGUGCUGGGACGAGUAGCAGAGGACGAGAGGAAAAUCUUGUUGUUGAUGCUGCAGCAAUUAGCACUAAACUACCAAAAGUUGUACCAAAUGCAGAUGUGAAUACUUCCCCAAAGCAAGUAAAUACUGGGAGGCUAAGCUUGUUACAUGGUGAUAUAUUGGUCAAAGAAGAUGGAUUUGGGCUACCUAAAGAGCCUAACUAUACAGGCGGUGUUCAUAAAGCGUCUGCAUCUGUUGGAGUUAUGAGUUCUGCUGAACAUCCAGCCAAUUCUGAUGCUGCAGAUGCUAUUGACCAGGGAAUGAAAAUUACUGCAGACCGUGAGGCAACUCAAAAACCUACUAACCCUGCAGCAGAAAAUAGUCAUGGAAUUUCUUGCAACGUAGGUGAUGUAACUUCAUUGGAGAGUUCUGAUUCAAGAUCCGCUCUAAAAGUGAACGGAGCUCCGACUGAAAGAACCAAUCUACAGAAAAACAGUGAAGAUUCAGUUGAUCCCUCUAAAACUGAGAAAGAAGAAGGUGAGUUGUCACCUCAUACUGAUUUCGAGGAGGACAACUUUGCUGCCUAUGGAGGUUCUAAUAUAUUGCACAAUGGAAAGAAGAUUAUCACAACUACGCACUGUCGGGUCGGGACUGGUGAAGAUGCCUCUUGUCACGAUGGAGGAGAAAACGAUGCAGAUGCAGAUGAUGAGGACAGUGAUAAUGUUUCUGAGGCUGGAGUAGAUGUUUCAGGCAGUGAAUCUGCUGCUGAUGAAUGCUCACGGGAAGAGCAUGAAGAGGAUGAAGAUGGAGAACAGGACGAAGAAGGCAAAGCUGAAAGUGAGUGUGAAGCGGAAGGGCUAGAUGAUGUACUUACUGGAUAUGGAUCGUCAUUAUCUCCAUCUGAACGUUUUCUAAAUACCACUAAGCCGCUGGCAAAGCAUGUUGCAUCUUCAUUAAAUGAUGAUGAGAAACGAUUUCGAUUUUUUUAUGGAAAUGAUGCAUUUUAUGUUCUUUUCAGACUACACCAAAUUUUGUAUGAAAGACUAUUUUCUGCUAAACAACCUUCAUCUUCUGCUGAAAUGAGAUUGAAAAACGGGAAAGAUACUGGUUCAAACCCUUAUAUGAGAUUUAUGAAAGCAUUAUAUGAUUUACUUGAUGGAUCCUCAGACAAUGCGAAAUUUGAGGAUGAUUGUCGAGCUAUUAUCGGUAAUCAGUCUUAUGUGCUUUUCACAUUGGACAGGUUGAUAUAUAAACUGGUGAAACAGCUUCAGACUGUUGCUAAUGAUGAGAUGGAUAGUAAGCUUCUCCAGUUAUAUGAGUAUGAAAAUUCUCGGCGAUUGGAGAAAUAUGUUGAUUCAGUUUACUAUGAGAAUGCACACGUCCUUCUUCACGAUGAAAACAUAUACAGAUUCGAAUGUACAUCUGAGCCAUCCCAGUUGUGCAUACAGUUGAUGGACGACAGAAAUGAAAAGCCUGAGGUGGUUGCAGUGUCGGUGGACCCGAAUUUUGCAACUUAUUUUCACAAAGAUUUUUUGUCUGUGGUUCCUAACAAGAAAGAGUCGCCUGGCAUCCUGUUAAGAAGGAACAAAUGCAAGUCUGCAGAUCCUGCCAAAUCUUCCACUAUAUGCAUGGUGAUGGAAGGUGUCGAGGUGAGCAAUGGUUUGGAAUGCAAGAUGGCUUGCAGCUCAUCCAAGAUCUCUUAUGUCCUAGACACAGAAGAUUUCUUCUGUCGUAAGAGAUACAAAAGAGAGAAAGCGUUCACAUCCCCAAUUCAGGAAAGGGGGAAAGUACAGAAAUUUCACCAAUUCUUAUCAGCAUCAAUAUAAAAUACCUUGCCUUUCUUUUGCAUGAAUAUACAGUUGUGGCUGAGAAAUUUGUGAAAUAGUAAAGGCUUCAGAGAUCUUGCGGAAUAAAGAACAUUGGAAAGGGCAUUGAUCUGUAAAUAGAGAUGGGAGUUGAACUAUCUUCUGUAAUUUAGUUUUACUCCAGUGACAUGUACAUCAGUUUGUUUCUCUGUACUCUUUUAGUAAUUCCUAAGGGAGGAAUAUGUGCUCAAAGUGCUUUGUUAAACUAGAUUUUGCUGGAAGUGCUAUGUUAAACUUGAAUAGGGAAAGAAAUUUAGCAACAAGACCUUUUAUUUGAACUCCGGGAUUUUGUUUCAUACAAGGUUGGACCAGGUGCCAUACUGCCUUGUUUUGGUCUAUGACUGAGUUACUAUUGUUGAUGCUUUA